AUGAUGGCUAGCCUAUCGGAGAGAAGUGUUGCGAUCAUUCUCUUCGGCUUCGAGGCUGCCUUCCCAAGUGAGGCGCUGCAAGAGACAGGGCUGCUGCCUGCGCUGAGCAAUGUUGUCCCGUGCUUGUACUGGCGCAGCGUGGUCAGGGUUUAUGACACAUUCGUUAUCACCUGUCUGUCGUAUAUCUGGCAGUUCAGCGAGCCGACGGGGGAGCUCCUCGCCGAGGAGGCGUCCGCCCUCUCGCGGCUGUCUUCGGGUCCUGGCGGCUGGCGGAGUGCCGCAGAUCUGUACAGUCUAAACGCUUCGAUCAGAUUCCCAGUGGAAUUCGUGUGCCUUUCCGACGCCGCGUGGGCCGCUAAGCUCAGGGUCGCCAGCACGGUCGUUAAGGACUUUUCUUUUCUGGCCGCACAGUUGGCAGAGGCACAGGUCGAUAACCUCUCGGUGGCAACGACCGCAAAGUGGAGGACCUGGUAUGGUUCACACUUCGCUUCUGUAUUGAACAGAGCCGUGGACCAGGCCAACCCGCUCCGCAUCAGUCCUUCUGCUGUGCAGAGCGAACUGUACGCUGCGCUCCGCUCGCGCCCGAGCAGACGGCUGCAGGUUGAGGCCCGCUUCCGGCAUAAGCUUGCCAGGCCCUGCGGGCGCAGGCGCGCGCCACCGGGCGGCCACGCGGCCCUCUGGGGCGCAGGCGCGCGCCACCGGGCGGCCACGUGGCCCUCUGGGGCGCAGGACCAGUCCGCGGAAGCUCGGGCGGGGUCGGGGCUUACUCGGGUGGUGCCGGACAGCCCCGACGACGUGACCGUCGAGUUGAUCACCAAGGAACUCUCAGAGCUGGAGUGGCCAGACUGCACGUCGCGCGGCAACGUCAAGCCAGACGGGCAGGACUCCAUCAAGGCCAUGUGCUUGGGCAUGGUGAAGCCCUACUUCUCGCCGGUGACGGCAAGCAGGCGAACGCGGUUGCUGCCCAACGUGACCAAGUUGUGUACAAAGUUCCUCCGUCGCCAGCCAGACGCGGACAGAGGCGGCUUCAUGUACACGUCUAUACAGCUGAACUACAACUACAACGCCAAGAUGCAUGUCGACAAGAACAACCAUGGGCCCUCGUACAUCAUCGGCCUCGGCUCCUACACCAAGGGUGGUCUGUGGAUCUACGACCCGAACGGGACCGACUUCCAGAAGGUUACCGUCAGCAAGCUGCCCGGCUAUCCGCAUCUGAGAGAGGGCGACAUGGCGCCAGGCUUCGUGGUCGACAUCAAGGACAGGUGGCUGAGGUUCGACGGCACGAUUCCCCACAUGGCCCUCGAUUUCGAGGGCACCCGCAUUUCCAUCGUGUACUUCAGCAGGAAAGGCAGCCUGCAGGCCAAUCCCGAGUCGGAGAGCUUCCUAGAAA